GUAAAAAUGCACUUUUUAAUGCCCAAAAAUACUGAUUUGGUAGAGAAUAAUUAGUGAAUAUUUUGGACUCAACAGCCGGAGAGAACAUGUCUAACUCCAAACGCACACGGUUGAUUCAUGAUCCAUCUUCUAUCUACUAUCUUCAUCCUUCUGAAUGUCUCGGUAAUUCUCUCACCAAAUAUUUGUUGAAAAGUGAUAACUUUGAUAUAUGGGAGAAAGCUAUAUGUAAUGCACUUGGAGGUCGUGGGAAAGCUACUUUUCUGUCAUCCGUCAGGGUGCCAAAGCCUACCGAUCAUGAACACGAGUUGUCUGCUCGGUAUGCUAAUAAUCAAAUCAUUUGUAGUUGGAUUUUUAAUAGUGUUGCUGAGUCUAUUCAACCAAGUAUUGUUUCUCAUACCAUAGCUUUGGAAUUAUGGGAUGAUUUGCAAAAGCGCUACAGUUGUUCGAAUGGGCCUCGUAUUUAUCAGUUAAAAUAUGAGUUAAAUUCUCUACGUCAAAAGGGACAAAGUGUGGUCUCUUACUAUAAACAAUUUAUCACUUUGUGGAAUCAAUUGCAUGGUUCAAAGGAUCCUACAAAUGGUUGUAAAUGUGAAGCUGCCACCAUCACACGUGCUCAAGUCAAGCGCGACAAAAUUAUUGAUUUCCUCCUUGGGCUUGAUGAUGAACAAUUCGGCCAUAUUCGUUCUCAAAUUAUGGCCACCGAUCUUGUCCCGGAUAUUGAUCGUGCUUACUCUUUGAUUUCUCAAGAAGAACGUCACCGUCUUAUUGUCCGUACUCGGGAUGACCGCACCGAAUCUGUUGCCUUCGCCGUCCGAUCUGAUCGCCGUCCACCCCCCUCUGGCAAAUUCAUGUGUUCACAUUGCGGCCGCACUAAUCACACCGUCGACACUUUCUUUGAACUCGUUGGCUUUCCUACACAUUUUACUAAACCCACCGGUGGACGUGGACAGUCACCUAGCAUCCGUGGCGGUCGAUGGGCCCGUGGGGGUGGACCUCCUGUUAAUUAUGGAGGUCGCGGCAUCCUGGGCAAUCUGGCAGCCGCUCCUGGACGUGGGCAGCAAACUAGUGGGCAGCAACCCAGCGCCAUCCCUCCAGUCGGCAGUGGCUCCCAAGCUGCUGUCCAUGCAGCUUCCAGUGACGUUUGGAGAAGCAUAGAGGUUGGAUGGUUAGCUCCUACUAUGAUCAAUGCAGAUGGAGAACUAAUUCAGAAACCUUAUGAAAGAUUAAGCAAGAAAGAGAAGGAUGCUGCAGAAUCGAAUGAUCGGGCUUUGAAUGCAAUCUUCGGAGCGGUUGAUAGAAAUCAGUUCCGUCUUAUCUCAAAUUGCACAGAGGCCAAGAGAGCUUGGGACAUUUUGCUUAUUACUCAUGAAGGCACUACUACAGUCAAGACAGCCAAACUUCAGAUCGUGAUGUCUAAAAUUGAAAAUCUUAAGAUGGAGGAUACUGAGUCUAUCACAAAUUUUCAUGGGCGAGUUAGAGAGUUGGCAAAUGAGGCUGAAAGGCUUGGUGAACCAAUUACAGAAAACAAACUGGUGUUGAAAGUGCUACGGUCUCUUCCAGAAAAAUACUCUAUGAAUGUUAAAGCUAUUAGACAAACACAAUCUCUCAAUGUUAUGUCUCUUGAUGAACUGAUGGGGAACUUAGAAACCAUUGAGUGGGAGAUGCAUGAAGAUCUACAACGUAAAAAGCAGCAUGUCAUCCUCGUUGAAAAAGAGAAGCAGUGUGUUAAAGACAGUGCUGAAACAUGCUGUGCUUUUCCAACUUUCCAUAGUGUUGACGGUGACUCUGAUAGUGACGUAGAUCCAAGGGAGAUGCUUAUAAUUGUUGAAGAAAAAUUUCAAGAGUCUCUACGGGUCAACAAGAAAAAAUGUUUGGAAAAUGAUAGCCUCAAACGUGAACUUGCUGAAUCAAACCGCGAUGUGGAACAACUCAUCAAAGAGUUACAGAGAUACAAAGGUAAAAUUACAGCAGAGGAUGACACAGAGGAUGAUACAGAAGAUGACACAGAGGAUGAUACAGAAGAUGACACAGAGGUUGACACAGUAGAAGAGCUAGCUAUUCUCCAAAGGAAGUGGGUAGAACUUGUUCAAGCCAACCAGAAAACUGUUCUAGAGAACCAUCAGCUUGUUGCCGAGCGCAAUAGACUAAAGGAGAGUUCCGAAAAAAAUCAGACCCCACUUGACUUGUUUGUUGAUCGAAGAAAGAAAAUUGCUCAAAAAGUUCCACAAGGAAGGAAAACAGAAGCUGCUGCAUCUGCUGGAACAUCUUCUGCCAAACCCGCUGAAGCAUCUCAUGAAGCUUCUGCUGGAACAAUUUAUGCAGCACCCUAUGCAAAAAGGCAAAGAGUUGUGACACAAUCUAGUAUGAGAAGGCACAAGGAUCAUUAUGCUAAACCUGAAAGGUACCAAGGCUUUCUUGGUGCUGUUGAUGCUUCCCCGGUUCCUAAGUCCUAUCGCGAGGCUGUCCAAUUCGCCUCGUGGAGGGAGGCAAUGGAAGUCAGUCCCCAGAAGUUGGAUUCCCCAACUCAAGCUUUUGACCCCCCUUCCAACCUUGCUUCCCUGCCCUUAGCCCCUACCUUAGUCCUGUCACCAAAUGCUCUGGAAUUUGUGCCUUCCAACCCAACCACUGCUAAACCUACAGCAAUCAAGGAGUCCAACAUCUCAUUUAGGGGCUGCUCUAUGUCCGACACAGAAAGGGAUAACAACUGGAGCACCUCCAAAGCGUACGACUCAGAUUUUGAACAUUUGGGCUAUGGAAACAAACAGAGGGGGCGACCGCCAAAAACCGACGGAAAAGCACAGAAUGAAAGCAUCGCCGGCGACAUCUACACGGAAAAACUGGAAGGAAAUGAAGCAUAUCAAACAAAUCCAAACGGAGAAGAUGAUGAAGGAAAGAACAAAGGUGAGGAAACCCUAAUGCCUGAAUCAACGACGACCAAAGAACCGGUAAUGGAAAAGGAAAAAAGUUAUGCAGAUGCAGUUGGUAUCCAGGAAGACCUCAAAUUGGAUCUGAAAUUUAUUCCAGUAGAAAUCAUCGAAGGAAAUCCAGUUGCGAGAUUAACAAUGGAGGAUGUCAUUGAACCAGCGUAUGAUAUUGAUGAUGUAUCCUUCUUGAAAGAGAGCCAGUUUAUUGUGAGAUUAAAGAGGGUUGAGGACAGGAAUGAGAUUAUUAAAAGGAAAUACUACUUUAUGGACAACAAACCUGUGUAUGUCCAAGAAUGGUACCCUGGAUGUAAGAGCCUCACUGGACUUAGUAGACUGGGCAGCACUAUAGGACAACCUGUCAGGAGGGAUGGAGCAACUGCAUCUAGGAAGAAAUGGGCAUAUGCUAGAAUCCAAGUAGAG